AGGCUGGGCCUUUCCUGUCCUUAUCCAAAGCCAGCACCAGGAAACAUACAGGAAAGAGACUCCCUUCCGGUCUGGACAGCAGCUGGGGAGGUGUGGGGGGAGGGGCAAGGGUGGAAUCUCUGCUGUGACUCCUGCAAGAAGGAAGGGGGACCACCCAGGAGCUCCGAAUUUUCCUCUUCUUCAUGCCUCAGUUUACUCCCAGGGCCUGGGAAUAGGAACCAUGAUAUGACCAAAAAGAGUCCAUCCCUAAGGACCUCAGGACUGAGGGCAAGGGCAGUGGGGACUUACUCCACUAAGUUCACCACAGGACUCCCCUUCCAGGUCCCUGGCCUCAUCCUAUGUUGUCCUGGACCCUGGGGGUGUGGCCUAUAGCCUGGCAGCACACUGCCCCCUGGUGUCCACUAGAGCUAACAGCCAGAAGAUGGACAUGAUCUGGAAGAACCUCAAAGCUGAGGAGACUGGACCCUGGGAUCAGACAUCUGUCAUCUCCAUAGCACUCACUAGUUCUUAGCUGGAACUAAGUCAGCCCUCAGCUUCCUAAGCCAUACUGAUACUCCCUUAAGACACCUUCCCACUUUCUAGGGACAUACCUAGUCUCUGAACUCAUUAUUUCAUAUACACUCUUACAUGUUCCCCAGACAGUGAGGCCCAGUUGUUCGACAGAGGACCUUAACCUCCAGUUCUUCCAGAUCAUCAAAGAUACAAGAGAACAACUUUGUUCUCCAUAAAGACACCCAGUUAUUCUUUAUGGCACCUGGAGCCUCUUCAGGGACUUUUCCUCCCCCCCCCCCCCUUGCUGAAAUAUUUACCUCUCUGAGAACAUGCAUAUCCAUUUCCUGGGACAUGCCCAUCCAUUCCAUAGAUAUAUACCUGUAUGCUUCCUAGAAUGUAUCUAUUCAUCCUCUGAGACAGACUUCUCUUCUCAGGACAUGUCUGUCUCUCUAGAGGCAUGUCUGUUUCCUAGGGCAUUUUAAGUUUUCACCUGAGAUAAGCCUUUCCUCUGUUUCCAUGAAUGCAUUGGUCUUCCCCAGGGAUAUAUCUGUUCUCUUGUUGGCCCAUAUUUGCCUUCCUGUGUUUUACUAAUAUACAUCAAGGGCAUGCUGGUAUAAGAUACUGUGUAUGGUAUAUUUUAUUGGAAAAAUAAGUUAAAUAAGGCCUAGUUUCUGCUCUCAAUGGCUUCCAUCUAAUAGGGCAGCUGACAUGUAUACAAACAAAAGCAAUGGAGUGUGUGAUGAGAGUCAUGCAAGGGAUACAAACCAAAUGUUAUCUAAGUGCAAAAAAAUGAGGGGUCACAUCUAGCUGAGGUGUGAUCACAGGAGGGUGAUUGUGGAGUUAGUAUAUGACUAGACCUUAAGAUGGAGUGCAUUUCCCCUAGGGAAGAGAGUAAAAAAAUAGGGGUGAAUUAGGAAAUUAUUGUAAUAUUCCAGGCUUGAGAAAAAGAGGACAUGGGCCAAAGGAGUGAUGAAUGAGGAAGUAGAAAAUAAAAAGUAGGAGAGAUGAUUAAAAACAAGGGAGGGAAUCAGCAGGAUUUGGAAAUGAAGGAGAGGAGAGGUUAGGGCUGACUCAGGCUUUGAAUCUGAGUUACUAGGACAAUGAUGGAAGUAAUGAUAGAAAAUGGCUAUUAGGAAGAGGAGCUGGCAAGAAGAAAAGGAUGUACAAUAUGAGCUGCCAAUAGAACAAGCUUUUAUGUCCCACAGAGAGUUAGAAAUGGGAGGGGUGGUGGUGGUGGUGGAAAUACAGAUUUAGGAGUGUUUUGCACAGAAAUGCCAAGUGAAGCCAUGAAAAGGAUGAAAGUUCUCAAGACAGAAGGUGUAUUGAAAAGAAAGCUGAGGUUAGAGUCUUAGGAAAUACGCACAUUUAAAGAAUGAGGGGGAAAUGAGACAAAGAGAAAGAUCAGAGAGACAGUGGCAGAACAAGGAUAAAGCAGUGCCAUGGAAGCAAAGGAGAUAGUGCCCUUCGAAAGAACAUUAUCAAUUGAAUGGUUCAUCCAUUCAUGCAACAGAUAUUUGCUGGGCACUUUGGUAGAUUGGGAACUGUGCACAAUGAAGGAUGGACUUGAGUGGGGGAAAGGUUAAAGAUCAGAUAGGAAAUUGAGAGUGUGACAAAGUCAAGGAAACUGUACAUAUUUUCAAAUACGGGUGACCUGAGCAUGUUUGUCAACUAGGGGAGAGGAGCCAGAGGAAAAGAAAAGAGGGAAGAUGAUAUACAAAGAAGUCCUAGAGGCAGUUGGAAAGGAGAGGUAAGAAGAUAUGCCAAAGGGUUGGUCUUGUAAAGGAAGAGUGACACUUCUUCCUUUGAGUCCAAAAGAAAGACGUAAAAGUGGAAAGGAAUUCUUGUGGGAAGAAUCAAGUGUGGUGACAGACAGAGGAGGAACGAUCAGGAGGUUCAAAGGCUUGGCCUCAAGUUCACAAAAUAGGAAGGGAAUUCUGCAGAGAGAAAGAAGAUGGAGACAGGUGGAAUGACUUGAUGAAUGGAAACAUUUGAAGAGUUACCUGGAGGGAUGUGACAGGGAGUCAAUAAAAGACAGUGCUGGGCUGCACUGAGAGCCCAGCAGUGAGGUUAGUCAGAGAACCUGGGGCUCAGCCAGCAUGUUCUGUGGUUUUCUUCCAGUAAUACAACUUGGCAGGAGUGAGGGGAGGGGUAGAGGAACAACAACCCUGAUUUGUUAAGUGACAGCAGGUAGGCAAGCAAGGGGACAGAAUGGGGUAGUCUAGGCUGGGUAAGGAGUCAAAUAAGACCAAAAUGGGUCUGGGGACUUGACACUAGAAAAGUGAGGACGUGAGAGAUAGAUGGCUGUGGUCAAAGCGGGCAGCUCUGAGUCAUGGAAGCCGAAACUUUUCCAGCGAUAAAAGGUACAAAUGUGCUCCUACGGGUGCUGCAGGAGACCAAGGAACGGUGCGCUCGAAGGACACAGCAAUUGAAGAGACUGGGGAAUUGUGAGGUGUUUGUUAAAUGCAACUGACACGGAUGUUAAUAUUAAAAGCAGCUGAGCAGAGGGGGAACAAGCCUAGGCAGUUCUACUAUCAAACUGUGCCGCUUUGGAGACGUCACUGCCCUUCUCUAGAGCUGAAUGAGAAGACUUCUCGGGGCUCUAAACGGUUGCAGCCGAACGUGGACACUCGGCAGAAGCAGCUGGCCGCCUGGUGCUCGCUGGUCCUGUCCUUCUGCCGCCUGCACAAACAGUCCAGCAUGACGGUGAUGGAAGCUCAGGAGAGCCCGCUCUUCAACAACGUGAAGCUACAGCGGAAGCUCCCUGUGGAAUCAAUCCAGGUUGUAUUAGAGGAACUAAGGAAGAAAGGGAACCUGGAGUGGUUGGAUAAGAACAAGUCUAGCUUCCUGAUCAUGUGGCGAAGGCCAGAAGAAUGGGGGAAGCUCAUCUAUCAGUGGGUUUCCAGGAGUGGCCAGAACAACUCCGUGUUCACCCUAUAUGAACUGACCAAUGGGGACGACACAGAGGAUGAGGAGGGCUCAAGAUUCGUGGGCAUCAGCUGAAGGGAUUGGGCCAACACCCCCAUCCCCACCCCCAGGCCUUUUAAAUACUUUGGUUUCUGGCCAGGCAAGGAUUUGUAUACUGUUUGAUUUUUACAUAGUGUAAAUAUAUUCUUAGCUCUUUUAUCUCUGGCUUCAUAUUCUGAUCCCCAGGAUCACCAAAAGUUCCAAUCUCAGCUGGGGAAAAAAGGGCACCUCCCCUUUCUGCCAGGCCCUGGCUGCCAUAACAAAGUUUAGAGCUCUUAGCUGUUCCCCCCUGCCCUGCAGGCCUCUGCUUGCUACUCCCACCAUCACCCCAUGACUUCAGUGCUGCAGCCUUGCCCAGCCCACCACUCAUGCUGGGCAAAGCUGGAGGCUUCCUCAGAAAGCAAGCUCCCUGACUUAAGAGGUAGGCCCCCAUAGGGGCUGAGGUGUGCGAACCUGUUAGGACUUGCCACCUGCUUCUCACCUCUCCCUGCAGUAUCUUGCCAUAUUUCCAGAUACUCAGCUGGCCCUUGGCUCCCAGCCUUGUUCCUUUUAACUAGGAAAAGGCAGAUACCCAUGCUGGACUUUUAACAGUCUCCUGGUUAGAGGUAUGGCUACACUUCUUUGUGUUAGGACAGGUGCUCCUGAUGGGUACCAGUGUGCAACUAGGGUCAGAAUCCAGUGACAAGGACCUUGACCUUCCUAGGCUUCACUGUCCCCCACUCUGUGGCCCACAAGCAGGUGGUGUCAUUCUUGUACAGCAGACACAUGCAUGGGGGUGGGGGAUACAUGUGAGGGUUGAGUCUGACAGAAGAACCUGGAAGGGGAGAAUAAGCAUGAA